GACCCAGGCAGACAGGCUCCAGAGUUGGGGCUCUCAGCGCCUCUGUGCACAACAACGUGGAUCAUUAUGGGUGUUGCCCCUGGCAAACUGAGCUCUCAACACCCCCCCCCCCCCAGGCCUCCCUCCUUCCGAGAGAGUGGGGAGCAGGGAAGGAAGGAGCAGAUGAUGGCUAACACAUCCACAUCAGCGCUGAAUCCAGAUCCCCCAGUUGGUGGCUGAAGUCCGGCAGAGCGCCCCAGCCCACUCCAGGGGAAAAGGGGGGGGGGGCAAGUCUACGAUGCUGAGAGGGGUGGCCAGAGCGCCGCCCCCAGGAGGGGAGGGAGGGGUGGCGGGGUUGAGGGGUGCCCAGCUGCCAUCCCCGCCGCCUCCUGGCCCCCACUCGCUGGCGCCCAAGUGGGAGGACGGCAGCUGCCCGCUCCCUCCUCCCCACGUCCCCGCUACCUGCCCAGUCCCCGAAGCGAAGCGUGAGGAGGCUGCGAGCCAGCGGGGCCGAGCCCACAACUUUGCAGCCUCGGGGAGCGUGAGAGCCGGCGUCCGGGGCUCCUCUUGUCCGCGACCCGAGCUCGGAAUGUAAUCGAGGAUGCUGGCCCUGAGGCUGCUCAACGUGGUGGCCCCCGCCUACUUCCUGUGCAUCUCCCUGGUGACCUUCGUGCUGCAGCUCUUCCUCUUCCUGCCCAGCAUGCGCCAGGACCCCUCGGCCGCCUGGCUCUUCUCUCCCGCGCUGCUCCACGGGGCGCUCUUCCUGUUCCUCUCAACCAAUGCCCUGGGCAAUUACGUCCUGGUCAUCCAGAACUCCCCGGACGACCUGGACGCCUGCCAGGGGCCCUCGACCAGGAGGGCCCCGUGCCCCCCGCCCAGCACCCACUUCUGCCGCGUGUGCGCCAGAGUCACCCUGAGGCACGAUCAUCACUGUUUCUUCACCGGCAACUGCAUCGGCGGCAGGAACAUGCGCAACUUCGUCUUGUUCUGCCUCUACACCUCCCUUGCCUGCCUCUACUCCAUGGUGGCCGGGGUGGCCUACAUCUCAGCAGUCCUUUCCAUCUCCUUCGCCCACCCCCUGGCCUUCCUCACGCUCCUUCCCACCUCCAUCAGCCAGUUCUUCUCCGGAGCUGUCCUCGGUUCUGAAAUGUUCGUCAUCCUCAUGCUCUACCUCUGGUUUGCUAUCGGCCUGGCCUGCGCGGGCUUCUGCUGCCAUCAGCUGCUGUUGAUCCUCAGGGGGCAAACCCGCCACCAGGUGCGGAAGGGGGUGGCGGUGAGGGCCCGGCCCUGGCGCAAGAACUUACAGGAGGUCUUCGGGAAGAGGUGGCUGCUGGGCCUGCUGGUCCCCAUGUUCAAUGUUGGAGGUGAGAGCUCCAAGCAGCGUGACAAAUAGCAGGCAUUCCCAUCAUUUCUGUGUGUGUGUCUUAACUCCUCCUGAACAUAAGACCGUGGCACUCUUGUCUCCGCCCAUGACCCAAUACAACCUUGAGCCAGUAAGGUCCUAGCAUCCACCCCUGGUCUGUGACAUAUAGAGAACAGCGUUGGCUGGUGGAUUGUGGCGAGAAGGAAAAAUGGCCACUCAGGCAUUGCUAGGCUCCCAAGAGCCAGCCAACUGCUAGGAGGCCUCUGCUUUUGUUCCUUCCCCCUUGGAGCCCCUGCUUUCCCCCUCUGCCGGGCUCAUCCACUCUCUCCCAUGUCUCAUGUCAUCACUGCUAUUGGCUAGAGCUCUUCCUCUCAGACCCAUGUUAGGAUGGAGAGUGGAUUCUUGCUGUUGGUAUGAUGCUCCCAGGACCUAGAGGUAGGCAAAAAUGUUUAAAAUUACCAUGUGUGAGAGAUAGCCAAGUCAGCUCUGCCAACUGCUAGGGAGGUUGAAACAGGAGGGGUGUGUUCUUAUUCUCUCUGUGGAUUUGUGAGCAGUGGAAGGGAAACUCAGGAGCUUACUGCCCCACCCCCAAGUUGCAAAGCCUUUUCUCUGGGAGACAGCAGCCAAUGGCCUGGAUUUUCUAGGUGCUGUGUCUGUCCAUCUUGCCCCAUAUGGCCACCCCAGCCCAGUCUGGGACCUGCCUUGAUGCUUCCUUUCCUUGGCACUCUUGUAGCUUUCCCUCUGCUGUCUAGUCUUUGGGGUCUUUGUUAGAUGUUGGGAAGGCAAGAAAGAAGGAAGAAGGAAAGGAGAAAUACCGAUAAGUGGGAGAAGCAUGUGGCUGCAUGACCAUACAGAAGGGGACGUGUGCAUGUGUGUGUGUGUGGGGGGGGGGUGGUGGUGGUGGUGAGGAGUGUUGUGAAAUUAGAAAAUGCUUAGAGGAGGGGAGGAGAGAGGUCACACAGAGGUUGGGCACUGGGAUAUUUGGGAGAUGAGAAUGAGAGGGGCAAAUGGGCUCAUUUCUGAAGGACAUUCUAGCAUCUAAAGCUGUUCAGUAUUUGAAAAGCUGCCUGGGGAAGUAAAGAGUGUCCCACUGGAGGUAUUCCAGCAGGGACUGGUCAGUCAUCUGGCAGGCAUGCUGUGGAAAGAAUUUCUGCACAGGGUCAGGAAAGGGAAGAUCCUUUCCCACCCCCAAGAGUCUUGUGUCCUCUUUGUGACUGCCAGGUCCAGAGGCAAGAUCUGUAGAGAUGCCUGUGAAGUAUUUGCUUUCACGAAGCAGGAAGAAGGCAUGGAAGGGUCUGAAAAAUCAUAAUGCAAACCUUCAGGACCCUACUUUGCCACUGAGGAGGGGUCUCUGGUGAGACAGGACAGACUGGGUGUUAAUGCUAGCCGAGGGGGUUGGCAUUUGAGGAAAGGGAGAUGGAGCAGUGUCAGGGGCAGGUAGGGGCCAUAGCGGGAGAGCAAGGCUGGAAGGUCAGGCAGUUGUGAGGCCAGCCUUGGUUAUCUAAUUGGCUCUGGAUGGGGGCACUGCUCUGUGUUCUGGGGCCCAGAAGAUCAAACCUCUGGGGCAUAUUUGGGAGUGGGGACAACACAAGUGCCCCUUCUGACUGGAUCCCAAGGCCAGUCUACCACCCGUGCAGGCAGCAGAGCUGAAGCCCACACCCUACAGUGUCCAGCUGGCGGCCACAGGCACCCCAAGCAUUGUCACACAACACUAUGAGUUCUUGAGCAGAGCUCAGGAGCACUUUACCUUGGUCCUGCGUUCAUGCCCCCUACAGGGCUAAUGUAGUAAUGGCACCACUGGCUCACACUCCCUCCCAUUUUCAUUCAUUCAUGCAUCCUACAUAUAUUUCUUGAGUGCCAACUCUGUGCCAAGUCUCUUCCGGGCACCGGUAUACAAUGAUGAACAAGGCACACUUGUUGUAAUGAGCACUGGGUGUUAUAUGUAAGUGAUGAAUCACUAGAUUCUAAUCCUGAAACUAAUAUUACACUAUAUGUUAACUAACUGGAAUUUAAAUAAACACUUGAAACAAACAAAAAUGAUGAGCAAGACAAUAAAAUCUCUGCCAUCAGGGGCAUCUUGUCCCUGCCUCCACCCACUGAAUCCCACCCCUUGGAAAAUGGUUACUCUGCCAUCUUGGUGUCAGCAGGGCAGGUCACUUGGAGGGGAAGGAUAUUGCAGAGAAGGCUGAAGAGGAGCCCGGGCUGGCUGGAUGAAGAAAUCAUUGGGGAGCAUCUUUACCCCCUACUUCUGGCCAUACUGCAAAAGUGGGAGUGGAAGGGGAGGGAAGAGAUUCCCUGGGCAAUCCAGACCUUGGCUCUUCCCUGACUGCAGAGCUCAAGCUUGGAAGCUAGCCAUGCCAUUCCCAGCCUCCUGGAGGCUCAGCACUGUAAGACUUGACAUGGGGAGAGGAACUAAAAGGGAGACCUGCAGGAGUCGGCUUCUGGCCGAUUGGUCAGUGGGUGGUGACGGGGGGGGGGGGUUGCCAGGUGUGGGACUUGAGUAGCAUUUGUACACAUGUCCCUGUAUUGUUGAUGAAGAACAUCAAUAAAACAUGUGGUGUUAAA